AUGUUGCUUGAUGGGUUGAGUCCUAGUUUUUCACAAAAGAAUAACGAGGAUCAGGUACGUUCAUUUAUCCGGCAACUUUUGCUAGCCUUAAAAUGCCUACAUGACAAAAAGAUUGCUCAUUUGGAUCUGAGACCGGAAGUUUUGCUUCUUCGGGAUGAUCGUCUGUUGCUGGCAGAUUUUGGUCAAAGUCGGCGUUUACAUAAGGGGAAAAUAAUUGCAAAUAUAACUGGAAGUCCAGAAUUCGUAUCACCGGAAAUUGCAGCUGGAAUUCCAGUAACUUUGGCUUCAGAUAUGUGGAGUAUUGGAGCGUUAACAUAUGUUCUACUGUCUGGAAUUUCACCGUUCCUUGGCGAUAAUGAUCAAGAGACAGUGCGAAAUGUUUUAUUGGGUAAUUAUUCGUUGGGUCGCAAAGAGCUUGCCGAUGUAUCCGACUUAGCCAAAACUUUCAUCUCACAGUUACUAACUGUCAAUAUCCGAAACCGAAUGACUGUGGAUGACGCUUUGUUACAUCCGUGGAUCAGUGCACCGUGCAGCAGCGUAACAUCAGUUACACCAUCGUUGACUCCAGAUGCAGUUAAGGAGUUUAAAUAUCGUCAUAAAUGGCUGGUUCGUUUCUUGAGCGGUAACUGUUACCUUGAUGAACAACAGAAAUUGGUUGACAGAAGGGGAGGAAGAUGA